GUUGCCGUCUGUUGCCGAGGCCCCUGUCCAGUGGUAGGUUGCCGCCUGUUGCCCCUGCCCAGUGGUAGGUUGCCGCCUGUUGCCCGAGUCCAAUCCGGGGGGGAGAUUGCCACCUGUCGUUGCCCGAAUAGUCUCCAAUCCGCCCUGUCCAUUGUGUCUGUCAAUUUGUUG